GUGUCUAUUCACUCCCUCUUUUAAAAAACGGCGACGAGUAAGGAGAGGGACCAACGGGCUAUUCGUCUGCAUCCUGGCAUUUCCCUUAUUCCUGCUUAACACUCUAGGCUUGUGGAACCAGAUAUGCAAAAAAUGGUUCCCCUACUUCAUGCUGAGGUUCACCGUGAGGUACAACGAGCAGAUGGCAAGCAAGAAGCGGGAGCUCUUCAGCAACCUGCAGGACUUCGUGGGCCCCUCCGGGAAACUCUCCCUGCUGGAGCUAGGCUGCGGCACCGGGGCCAACUUCAAGUUCUACCCGCCCGGAUGCAGCGUGACUUGUAGUGACCCCAACCCCAACUUUGAGAAGUUCUUGAUCAAGAGCAUGGCGGAAAACCGACACCUGCAGUUCGAGCGCUUCUUGCUGGCUUCGGGGGAGAACAUGCCGCAGGUGGCCGAUGGCUCCAUGGACGUGGUGGUCUGCACGCUGGUGCUGUGCUCCGUGGAGAGCCAGGAGCGGAUCCUCCAGGAGGUGCGCAGAGUGCUGAGGCCGGUGAGUGAGGGGUUGUGA